AUGUGGCUCUACCUAGCUGCCCUGCUGGGGAUUUACUUCCUUCGCCGAUGGUACCAGGAGAGACAGACGGUGGAGAACCUGACGAAGAAAUAUGUCUUCAUCACGGGCUGCUCCUCUGGCUUUGGGAACCACCUUGCCAGGCAUCUGGAUGCCCGGGGUCUGCGGGUGUUGGCAACCUGUACCACACAGAAGGGGGCAGAGCAGCUGAAGAAGGUCACCUCAGAGCGCUUGAAAACCACCAUUCUGGAUGUCACCAGUACAGAGAGCGUUGCGGUAGCGACGGAGUGGGUGAAAGAACAAGUGGGGAACAAAGGUAGCUUUUUGUUGUGUUGUUUCCAUGCUCUGGAUCAGGCCAGGGAUUAUCUGUAUCAUCAUCUGCUUAUCUUUACUCCACUUUCCCACAAAAUGUGGUCUGAGUGACUCCCAAUACAGUGGUUGUUGUUGUUGUUUAGUCGUUUAGUCGUGUCCGACUCUUCGUGACCCCAUGGACCAGAGCACGCCAGGCACUUCUGUCCUCCACUGCCUCCCGCAGUUUGAUCAAACUCAUGCUGGUAGCUUCAAGAACACCAUCCAACCAUCUCAUUCUCUGUCGUCCCCUUCUCCUUGUGCCCUCCAUCUUUCCCAACAUCAGGGUCUUUUCCAGGGAGUCUUCUCUUCUCAUGAGGUGGCCAAAGUAUUGGAGCCUCAGCUUCAGGAUCUGUCCUUCCAGUGAGCACUCAGGGCUGAUUUCCUUCAGAAUGGAGAGGUUUGAUCUUCUUGCAGUCCAUGGGACUCUCAAGAGUCUCCUCCAGCACCAUAAUUCAAAAGCAUCAAUUCUUCGGCGAUCAGCCUUCUUUAUGGUCCAGCUCUCACUUCCAUACAUCACUACUGGGAAAACCAUGGCUUUACUAUACGGACCUUUGUUGGCAAGGUGAUGUCUCUGCUUUAAGAUGUUGUCUAGGUUUGCCAUCGCCUUUCUCCCAAGGAGCAGGCGUCUUUUAAUUUCGUGACUGCUGUCACCAUCUGCAGUGAUCAUGGAGCCCAAGAAAGUAAAAUCUCUCACUGCCUCCAUUUCUUCCCCUUCUAUUUGCCAGGAGGUGAUGGGCCCAGUGGCCAUGAUCUUCGUUUUUUGAUGUUGAGCUUCAGACCAUAUUUUGCGCUCUCCUCUUUCACCCUCAUUAAAAGGUUCUUUAAUUCCUCUUCACUUUCUGCCAUCAAGGUUGUGUCAUCUGCAUAUCUGAGGUUGUUGAUAUUUCUUCCAGCAAUCUUAAUUCCGGCUUGGGAUUCAUCCAGCCCAGCCUUUCGCAUGAUGAAUUCUGCAUAUAAGUUAAAUAAGCAGGGAGACAAUAUACAGCCUUGCCGUACUCCUUUCCCAAUUUUGAACCAAUCAGUUGUUCCAUAUCCAGUUCUAACUGUAGCUUCUUGUCCCACGUAGAUAUUUCUCAGGAGACAGAUGAGGUGAUCAGGCACUCCCAUUUCUUUAAGAACUUGCCAUAGUUUGCUGUGGUCGACACAGUCAAAGGCUUUUGCAUAGUCAAUGAAGCAGAAGUAGAUGUCUUUCUGGAACUCUCUAGCUUUCUCCAUAAUCCAGCGCAUGUUUGCAAUUUGGUCUCUGGUUCCUCUGCCUCUUCUAAAUCCAGCUUGCACUUCUGGGAGUUCUCGGUCCACAUACUGCUUGAGCCUUCCUUGUAGAAUUUUAAGCAUAACCUUGCUAGCAUGUGAAAUGAGUGAAAUUGUGCGGUAGUUGGAGCAUUCUUUGGCACUGCCUUUCUUUGGGAUUGGGAUGUAGACUGAUCUUCUCCAAUCCUCUGGCCACUGCUGAGUUUUCCAAACUUGCUGGCAUAUUGAGUGUAGCACCUUAACAGCAUCAUCUUUUAAAAUUUUAAACAGUUCAGCUGGAAUACCAUCACUUCCACUGGCCUUGUUAUUUGCAGUGCUUUCUAAGGCCCAUUUGACUUCACUUUCCAGGAUGUCUGGCUCAAGGUCAGCAACCACACUACCUGGGGUGUACGAGACAUCCAUAUCUUUCUGGUAUAAUUCCUCUGUGUAUUCUUGCCACCUCUUCUUGAUGUCUUCUGCUUCAGUUAGGUCUUUACCACUUUUGUCCUUUAUUAUGGUAAUCUUUGUACGAAAUGUUCCUUUCAUAUUUCCGAUUUUCUUGAACAGAUCUCUGGUUCUUCCCAUUCUGUUGUUUUCCUCUAUUUCUUUGCAUUGCUCGUUUAAGAAGGCCUUCUUGUCUCUCCUUGCUAUUCUUUGGAAAUCUGCAUUCAAUUUCCUGUAUCUUUCACUAUCUCCCUCGCAUUUUGCUUGCCUUCUCUCCCCCGCUAUUUGUAAGGCCUCGUUGGACAGCCACUUUGCUUUCUUGCAUUUCUUUUCCAUUGGGAUGGUUUUAGUUGCUGCCUCCUGUAUAAUGUUGCGAGCCUCCACCCAUAGUUCUUCAGGCACUCUGUCCACCAAAUCUAAAUCCUUAAACCUGUUCCUCACUUCCACUGUGUAUUCAUAAGGGAUUUGAUUUAGAUUGUAUCUUACCGGCCCAGUGGUUUUCCUACUUUCUUCAGUUUAAGCUUGAAUUUUGCUAUAAGAAGCUGAUGAUCUGAGCCACAGUCAGCUCCAGGUCUUGUUUUUGCUGACUGUAUAGAGCUUCUCCAUCUUUGGCUGCAGAGAAUAUAAUCAAUCUGAUUUCGAUGUUGCCCAUCUGGUGAUGUCCAUGUGUAGAGUCGUCUCUUGUGUUGUUGGAAAAGCGUGUUUGUGAUGACCAGCUUGUUCUCUUGACAGAACUCUAUUAGCCUUUGCCCUGCUUCAUUUUGAUCUCCAAGGCCAAACUUGCCAGUUGUUCCUUUUAUCUCUUGAUUCCCUACUUUAGCAUUCCAAUCCCCUAUAAUGAGAAGAACAUCCUUCUUUGGUGUCACUUCUAUAAGGUCUUGUAAGUCUUCAUAGAAUUGGUCAAUUUCAGUUUCUUCAGCACCAGUAGUUGGUGCAUAAACUUGGAUUACUGUGAUGUUAAAAGGUCUGCCUUGGAUUCGUAUCGAGAUCAUUCUAUCAUUUUUGAGACUGCAUCCCAGUACAGCUUUCGCCACUCUUUUGUUGACUAUGAGGGCCACUCCAUUUCUUUUACGGAUUUCUUGCCCACAGUAGUAGAUAUGAUAGUCAUCCGAACUGAAUUCGCCCAUUCCCGUCCAUUUUAGCUCACUGAUGCCCAGGAUGUCAAUAUUUAUUCUUGCCAUCUCAUUUUUGACCACAUCCAACUUACCCAGGUUCAUGGUUCUUACAUUCCAGGUUCCUAUGCAAUAUUUUUCUUUACAGCAUUGGACUUUCCUUUCGCUUCCAUGCAUAUCCACAACUGAGCGUCCUUUCGGCUUUGGCCCAGCCGCUUCAUCAGCUCUGGAUCUACUUGUACUUGUCCUCCGCUCUUCCCCAGUAGCAUGUUGGACACCUUCCGACCUGAGGGGCUCAUCUUCCAGCAUCAUAACUUUUAUAUGCCUGUUGUCUUUGUCCAUGGAGUUUUCUUGGCAGGGAUACUGGAGUGGCUUGCCGGUUCCUACUCCAGGUGGAUCACGUUUGGUCAAAACUCUCCACUAUGACCUGUUCAUCUUGGGUGCCCUGCUCGGCAUAGUUCAUAGCUUCUCUGAGUUCUUCAAGCCCCUUCGCCACGGCAAGGCAGUGAUCCAUGAAGGGGAAUACAGUGGUACCUCGUGUUAAGUACCUAAUUCGUUCCGGAGGUCUGUUCUUAACCUGAAACUGUUCUUAACCUGAAGCACCACUUUAGCUAAUGGGGCCUCCUGCUGCCGCUGCACCGCUGGAGCACAAUUUCUGUUCUCAUCCUGAAGCAAAGUUCUUAACCCGAGGUACUAUUUCUGGGUAAGUGGAGUCUGUUACCUGAAGCAUAUAUAAGCUGAAGCAUAUGUAACCCGAGGUACCACUGUAUAUUAAAAAUAAAAAGUAUGACCAUUUAAAAAGUAUUAGAAACAACUAAAAUCAAUAAGGCAAUGAAUGGGGAAGGAAUUCCAUGGGGUCACCUUAAUUCAACCUCUGUCAAGAGCUGCUACAAUUGCCAAAUAACCUGAAAGAUUAUUGCUUUGUGCCUUUGACAGCAGCUUGUUCUGUGAAGUCACACAGUGAAACUUCAUUUUGUAUGAAGAUAAAUGUUCCUGUCUGAUAAUGUCCACAGAUACAAGAGACCAUAAUCAAUGCUGCAAGAUUUUAAUUUAAAUUAAAAAAUAAUAAUUAAAAAUGAUCAACCUGAUUCUAAAAGCACAGAUGCAAGAUAUUAUAAUCAGUGUUGCAAGAUUUUAAUUUUAACUGACAAGCAGCUGCAGGACCUCAAACUGAUUAGCCAACAUUUGCAGUGUAGGAGAAGCCUCUGGAGUCAUUUGGCUGAUCUACAUUGAAUUUUUCCUCCUAAUAGCAGCUGGGAAAGGAGGCAAUUUAGAUGGGGGGAAAUACUUGGGAGAAGAAGGAACCAGAGCAGCUACAUUGCAAUAUCUUUUAAGAUGCUUCCCAUUUAAAUGUGUUUGGGGAGCCCAGAGCAGAGAAUAUGGAAGGUAUAACCUUCUGGAUCAGGCCAAUGUCUCUUCUCAGCCACCAUUCAGUUACCAGCAGAUGACUUCUCAAAAGCAGCAAUCAAGCGCACUCUCCCUUCCUGUGCUUUCCAGCCAUCGGUAUUUGGAAGAUUUUUGCUUCCAGUAUAGAGGCAGAGCAUAGACAUCUUGGCUGUCCAAUCCACUUUUAAAACCAUCCAAGUGAGUGGGCAUCCCUAUCUCCUGUGGCUGUUAGAUCUAUAUCUUAAUUAAGAGAAGUACUUUCUCUUAGCUGUCCUGGACCUUCCAACAUUCAUUAGAUGUCCAUGAGUUCUAGUGUUGGAGAAUGAGAAGCAGUGUGGUGCAGUGGUUAGAGUUUCAGACUAGGACCUAGGAGACCUGGGUUCAAAUCUCCACUUGGCAUACUGCUCAUUGGGUGAGGUCCCAGCACUGAUCUUUGGAGAGCUCCAGUUUCUACAUCUCCCCAUCUAGAUAUUCCAUUUAUUCCUCUACUCUGUGUCCUGCUUCUUAACCAGUUUCAUGACUGCUCAGCUUAUUCAGGAGUCGGCAGUCUAAGUACACUAGGUCAACUGGAUCAGUUUUCUCCAACAGAUCUACUUUGGAUAAGCCUUCAUGCUCUUUGCUAAAUUUCACGUAAAGGCCUCCCAAAAUGGCCCCCAGAGGUCACUGGUUGGCCUUCCUUUUAAAACUGUGUGAAUCCCUGGGGAAAUAUUGGCUCUCCAGCAAUACUAAGAUCAAAUGCAAGAGCAGGGACGCAUACUGAACUCUCUCUCUCUCUAUAUAUAUAUAUGUAUAUAUCUCCAGAGAGAAAACGUUUCUUGGUCAAAAUUGUCUGUUUCAGUCCAGUGUUUUCUGUGUUGUCUUUCUCAAUUUGUAGAUACCCAUUUUUGGUUUUUUGAAGGAAUGAUGUGAAUAGAAGCUUUAGGACUCCCAUGUUUUUAAUUACAGCUUUCCUCUUAACAAAUAUUGCCCAUUUUAUUGCUUCCUGUUGAUAGUAGUUGGGGAAAUUAUGAUGAACCGCCCAUCCAACUUAAAAAAUAAAUAAAUCAUUUUUUUGGUUUUCAAUUACAAUCCAAUAAUAGCCUCAUUAUAACAAUAGCAAUUUAUAAUACAAUUAUUAAUACCAAUGGUUCCAAUGCUGAAUUAUAUAAUUUAGAUAAUGUGGCCCCUGUGUGCUAAAUUUGAUGAUUCUAUUAUUUUCUUUAUUUCUGCCUUCCAAAAUGUUUUUAAUUUCCAUUACAUUCCAGUCAUAAUAAUAAUCCCUUGUACAACAACUGCAAUAUUAAUAACUUCUAUUCGUGUUGACACGUUAAAUGAUUUAUGAAACUACAAAUGAGGAACUCAAACUACAUCCUUGUUCUUCCUGUGUGUGGCAAUUCUUCUGCCUGUGGUGUUUCUUCCAGUCCUUGUAAGAUGUUAUGUCUCCCCACCCACCCAGUUGUUGCUGUUAUUCUUCAUGCCUUGGGCGGAGCUGAUAUCCCAAUGUUGUUCCAGAAAUUUCUCCCUUGUUUCAUUCCAUGCUUCGUUGUUUUGCAACUUUAACAAAUCCUAGAAUACAUAUCAACCAAAAUAUAGACCACAAGAAUAAUACUACAUCCACACUUCCAAAAUCUAGCAUACAUGCAAAUGUUAUGCUAGGUGGGAACCUGAAACAAUAAUUGUCCCUCCUCCUCCUCCUCCUCCUCCCCCUCCUCCUCCUCCUCCUCCUUCUUCUUCUGAAAUAAUUUUUAUUUGAUUUUUACAAGAUUAUAACAAUACCAAAUCCAUACCCACAUUUAGAGAUUUCUCUGAAUCUUCAGACUUCCCCCUUCUGCUUCAUGAGUCUUAUUAUCAACCUUUUCAACUGCAUAUUAUUUCCUCAUCCAAAUUUUAUGUCACUCCAUUUUAUCCAUAAUAAUUUCUACAUUACAAGUGUUAUUGCAGUCCUGCUAAUGUUUUCAUCUGCUUACAGCGGUGUCUCAAGUCAAUUGUAAAUUUUUCCCAUUCUUUAUUAAAGUUUUGGUCUUCUUGGUUCCUGAUCUUUCAGGUCAGUUUUGCCCUUUCGGCAUAGUGGCAACAGCUUAGUUUGCCAUUCUUCUCUGGUAAGGACUUUGUCUUCAUUCCAUCUCUGCGCAAAUAACAUCCAUGCGGCUGUCGUUGCAUACAUAAAAAGUCUUUUCUGUUCCUUUGGGAUCUUGGUACCUACACUUCCUAAUAAAAAGGUUUCUGGUUUCUUUAUCAAAGUUAUUUUAAACAUUUUUAAGAUUCAUUAUAUAGCAUUUCAAUUCAUUACAUAUCAUUUCCUUUGGGAAAUAAUAGCUGUCUCUUCUUGCACAGGGCUCUGGGGCUUGGUGAACAAUGCGGGAAUAAGUGUCCCAUCAGGUCCCAACGAAUGGCUGACCAAAGAUGACUUUGCAAAGGUGAUCAGUGUCAACCUGCUAGGGUUGAUUGACAUGACGCUACACAUGCUGUCGCUGGUGAGGAGAGCCAGAGGGAGGGUGGUCAAUGUGUGCAGUGUGAAUGGACGUCUGGCCUGCUUUGGAGGCGGUUACUGCCCAUCAAAGUUUGGUGUGGAAGCCUUCUCUGACACCCUGAGGUAAAAACAAGCUCUGUAGCUUACUUUUUGGUUUGGUUCGGUUUAGUGACGUGGCGUUUCUCCAGGUGUAGGGAAUAAAAAACAGGUGGUGGGAUCUCAGGCUGCUGUCAAGGGCUGAACCUUAAAUCACAGAUCAAAAAGCAGACAUUUGCACUGUUUGAGAGAUAAGGAUCCAGCUCAUGCUAUGCCCACACUGGACCUGAAAUACAUUUGCUCAUCUCCAGGUCUGCGGGGAAAUAUGUUUUUUUCAAAAUGCAAGCCUGAGAUGAGAUGGGAAGGGGAGGGUGGGCCAUCACCUCUGCCAGCCCCCGCCAGCCCCCCAGAUGAGGAUGCAGCCCUGGCAGCACAGGUGCCAAACCAUCGUGCUAGCUACCUCCCCGCCAUUUGGUGAGGGUGGACGGAGAAGUUGUGGCUGGUACUCAAAGAUGGUUGGUUGUGUUUUGAGAGAUGACAGCAUCUUCAGAACAGUAGAUCAUCUGGGGGGGGCACCAGAAGGGGCAGGCUGGGUUACAGAAGGGCUUGCUGCCUCCUCCUCCAUCACUACUGUUGCCUGCACCACCUUGUUGUCUCUGCCGGAAUCCACACAGGGCCAUCAAGGGGCUGCAGGGUCCCUGCCAGAGAGCUUGACACAAUUAGGACAUGUUCAGUCUUUCACCUUUCAAAUUCCAAAAAUGGGGGUGCUAAAAAGUUGUAACAUGACUUGGGAAUUCAAAAGAUAUUUUGCUUAAAUUGAUACCAUUUAGUUUUGAUUGGUAAGUAAAACGUGUGAAAUUGCAUAGAAAUCAUUAAAAAUGAUUGCCAAGGACUUGCAGUUAUAUUAUUAUUAUUAUUAUUAUUAUUAAGCAUUCAUUGCCUGACCUUUUCAGAAGGCAAAAUAAAAAUUCUAUGAUUUGCUGAGAGCAGCUGAUGUGCUUUUUAAUCAAAUGUAGGUUUACCAAGCUAAAUGUUGCCAAAUCAAAACAGUAACAACAGAUUUGAAUUUCCCAAACCCAAAGAGAGCCCUCACUGAAGAAAUCUGCAAAAAUUAAGCUUCCGUCCAGAAAAGAACACCCCCUAAUUGGCACAUGGCCAAGGUGUGCAGCACUCAGGCACAUGCCAGGAAAAAGAAAGAUGAGAGAGUAGAGCAACCAGCUAAGAAGGCAGGCAGAGGCCAGGCCUGGGUGGCUGGGUGACCCUGGCGCAGACCCCACCCGCUCCUGCUGAGGACCCCUCCCUCUCGCAAGGCUCCAGCACCACCAGCUUGGCUGACUCUGCCCUCUGCCAGGCCUGGCAGCCCUGCUCCCCCAGAAUCCCCAGGCGCCUAAUUUGUUUUGCAUGCCCGGGACCUUUCCUAGCAGUCAAACAACCCACUGUUUUUUAGACUUCAGCAGGAAAUGAUGUUUCUUGACUUUUCCUCCCUCGUUCAGAAGAGAGCUCCAUCCUUUUGGAAUCAAAGUCAGCAUUGUUGAACCAGGUACUUUCACGACAGCCAUACUGUCAAAAUCAGCUGAGUCCUACAAACCUUUAUGGAGCCAGUUACCUUCUGACCUCAAGGAAUGCUAUGGGCGGAAGUACUUUAAGCAAUGUGAGUAGACCUGGGGGAGAAACUCAGUUUGGUAUGAAAGCUACCUAGUUCACACUAAACAAAACAACACAUGAAUCAACGAAACAACACAUGAACCAAAAUUCAGACUCAUGUAAAUUUAGUAAUGCACUUUCCACAAACAAUAAUGUGUACAAAAAUACAUACUGUUACACAAGCCUGGUGUCUGCCCCCUCAACAACUCUGCACUCCCCCCAAAAGUCACGCCAAGUCUAAUCCAUAUCCCAAUUAAGGAAAACCCUGGUAUUUAUUAAUUUCUAGGGCUUAGCUAUAUCUAUAACAAUACAUUAGUCGGAAGUAUGUAUCAAAAGUGAAGCUAGCAUACAAGAAUACUCUGUGUUAGAGAAAACUGCUUGCAAAAAUGUGUCUCUUGUGGAAAAUUGCAUAUAAAAAUAUUAAGAGAAAUUGGCACUAAAAUGCUGGUAAAAUUUUGUGAGAAUUUUCAAACCACAAACUGAAAUGUGGAGAACUGAACUUAAAGGUUGAAGAAAUGAGAAACAGAAUCUAAAACUGACAGGCUGAGCCAUCCCUGACUGAAAUUUCUUUUUUCAAAAAUUUUUAAUGAAACUUUGAAAGAAAAUAUACAAAGGUUAAUAUCAAAUCUCUUGUUAUCAAUGACAAAAACUAAUCUAAAUUAGAAACACAAAUCAAAAAGAGGAAAAGAAAAAGAAAAAAGGAAGAAAAAGAAAAAAGAGAACUUCUGAAUUCUUUGUCUGUCAGCUAUAUAUAGAAAAUUAUUCAAAACAUCCACUCCAAGAUGACACCCAAUGAUUCCACUUUCUAUAAACCAAUAUUUCCAUUAAUCCUCAAACCCAGAUAUCAUAAGUUCAUUUUCUUUUUCAUGCAAAAAAGUGUAUAAGGCGUUUCCAAUCUUUAAUAAAUAGUGACAAUGAUUAUUCUCUUAUUAAACACGUCAACUUUACCAUCUCAGCUAAAUCCAAUAUUUUUUACAUCCGUUCCCUCAUGGUAGAUAAUGGUGAAUCUUUCAGUCUUUGUGCAUAGAAGAGUAUUGCCACUGUGAUCAUGUAUUGAAAUAAUGUUCUGCAGUCUUUUUCUAAUUGUCUAUCCAUUAUUCCUAGCUGGAAAAGUUCAGACGUCAAUUGAAUGUGAAACUUUAAAAAAUUCUGCAUCAAUGUAUGUAUUUGAAUCCAAUAUUUCUUGGCAUUUUUACAAGUCCACCAAGCAUGACAAAAUGGGUCUGCAUAUUUUUCACACUUCCAACAAACAUUUCAAACACCUUUAUACAGUCUAAAUAAUUUCACUGGAGUUAGAUACCAUUGGUACAUCAUUUUAUGUACCUAAUCUACACCUUCAGCUUCCAAAAGAUUCUAGGUGCCACCUAGGCUGUUGCAAGGAUAAUGUUUCUUUUGCUUUGUAUUUCUCACAAACAGGUUGCAAAAUAAGCAAACGUUUCCAAAAGGCUGGAAGCGACAACCUUCACCUGGUCACCGACUGCAUCGAACAUGCCCUGACAUCCUGCUCCCCUCGCACUCGCUACUCUCCAGGCUGGGAUGCAAAGCUCUUGUACAUUCCUGCCUCUUACUUUCCAACGUCCAUCGCUGACUUCGUGAUGAGCCACAUUUGGCCUAAACCAGCUCAAGCAAUAUAG